UUGUGUUUGCACACCCGAUUCACUGGAGUUUAGUUCCAACUCCGGAGCGAGUACUCGUAAUCGAAACAUAAUUGUUAAAAACAGGGAACCGGAAAAAGAGAAACGACCGAGGAAGCAACAAUCCUUGAUAGGAAGAAAACUAGAGAGAAGAGCGUGUAAACUACCCAGUAAAAAACCUCUUCUUCCCAAACUCAUCAAAAAGUCUUCCAACGGUUCGAUUUCCACUCUUUCUCUCUCCUCCCCAAUAACCCUUAAAAGGGAUUCAAAUUUCAAAAAUUCCCAAUUUUACAGGUUUCACCCACCAUGAACAUCUUUAAGAAGAAACCUACUGCCAAAGAGGCACUUCGGGAAAGUAAGAGAGAAAUGGCAAAUGCUACCCGAGGCAUCGAAAAGGAAAUUUCUGCACUACAAGUGGAAGAAAAGAGGCUGGUAGCUGAAAUUAAAAAAACUGCAAAAACAGGCAAUGAGGCUGCAACUAAAAUUCUUGCCCGUCAGCUGGUUAGACUUAGAAAACAAAUUGCUAAUCUGCAAGGCAGUCGAGCACAAAUGAGGGGUAUAGCGACACACACACAGGCCAUGCAUGCCCAAUCCUCUGUUGCUACUGGCUUGAAGGGUGCCACCAAAGCAAUGUCAGCAAUGAAUAAGCAAAUGGCACCUGCAAAACAAAUGAAAAUAUUGCAAGAUUUUCAGAAACAAUCCGCCCAGAUGGACAUGACAACUGAAAUGAUGUCUGAUGCAAUUGACGAUGCUUUAGACAAUGAUGAAGCUGAAGAGGAAACAGACGAGUUAACAAAUCAGGUGCUUGAUGAAAUUGGAGUUGAUGUUGCUUCACAGUUGUCAGCAGCUCCAAAGGGGAAAAUUGCUGGAAAGAAAACUGAAGAAGUCAGCACGUCCGGCAUUGAUGAUCUAGAGGAGAGACUGGCUGCGCUUAGGGGUACAUGAACCUUUCAGUGCAAGCCUUCAUUGGUUAUUGCAAAUUGAUGCUUACUAGUACUUACUCCGAUGUGCUACGGAUAUACCUUACGGUGAGGGAGGAAGCUUAACGAGCUGAUUUUCUUCUCGUUAGUUGUCAUUUGUAUAAUUCAUAUGCAUUUUAAUGACCAAGCAGUUGUUUUCCUGAGCCAUCUUUCUGAUUUGAGUUCGUUAUUAUUUAACAACAAAACUUGUAUUCAGUGGACCAGUAAUAUUAUACUUCGUAUUGUAUAUAGUGUUUUGUGUAUACUGCGUUCGUUCCUAGCUGAAUUUAAUUUUUAAAAUUCAGUUUCAAAUAGAGCUUAGUUUGUGCCAA